AAGAAUAAUAAAAAGAUUAUAAAAUCAAAUCAAAUAAAUAAUUUACAAUAUUAAAAAAAAAUAAAGAAAAAAUAAUCUUUUAAAAUAGUUUUUUUUUUUUUUUUUGUUAAAUAAUUUUUAUUAUUUAAUUUAUUUUAAUAAAUAUAAAAUAAAUGAAUAGUUCAAAUAAUAAUUAUAAUAAUAAUAUUCAGGAUCAAGAUGAUGAUAUAGAAAUAGAAAUCCCAAUCGAUGAAAUUAUUAUUGAGGAGGUUGAUGAUGAUCAGUUAUUGGAUGGUGAAAGCGAAAUAGAAAUACGAACACAACCAAUAGAUAAUAAUAAUAAUAAUAGUAAUAACAACAACAAUGGUAAUAAUAAAAUUGGGGAUAUCUAUGUAUCAAAUCCAAAUACACCAAGAAAUAAUAUUAGUUUAAAUAAAUCAAUUCCAAUAUCAAUUGGUGUUGGUGAUACAAACCAGGGAAAUUCAAAUUCAAAUUCAUCAGAAAGUAUCGAAGAUGAUGGUGCAAAUGAAAAAGUUAAAAAGAGUAAAAAGGAUAAGAAGGAUGGUGAAAAAGAAACCGAAAAUCAAGAUAUAGUUCCUUUUUUAGCCCUUUUCAAAUUUGCAGAUACAACAGAUAAAAUAUUAAUGUUUUUUGGCGCCCUUGCAGCUGUUAUAAAUGGUGCAGCAAUGCCAACAGUAUCAAUAGUGUUUGGUUUAGUGGUUGACGCAUUUAAACCAACAAAAUUUAAUGAAGAUCCAGACUAUGAUGUUUAUGGUACUGUAAGAAGUAUCAGUUUUUAUCUUUUAAUGUUGGGUGGUGGUGUUUUUGUUUUAUCAUAUUUAGAAACAACUUUAUGGAUGAUUUCAGGUGAAAGACAAUCAAAUAAAGUAAGAAGACAAUAUUUAGAGUCAACUUUAAGACAAGAGAUUGGUUGGUUUGAUACAAAUAAAGCUAAUGAGCUAUCAUCAAGAAUUAAUUCUGAUACUGUUUUAUAUGAAGAAGCUAUUGGUGAAAAAGUAGGAAGAUUUAUUCAUUUUGUUGCAACAUUCAUUGCUGGUUUUGUCAUUGGUUUUACUAAAGGUUGGCAAUUGACAUUGGUUAUAACAUCAGUUUCACCAUUGUUGGCUAUUGGUGGGUUCUUUACUGCAAGAAUGAUGACCCAAAUGACAAAGCUCGGCCAAGAUGCAUAUAGUAGAGCAGGUGGUGUUGCAGAAGAAAAUAUUAGCGCAAUUAGAACAGUAGCAACAUUCUCUGGUGAAAAUUUGGCUAUCGACAAGUAUUCUGAAAAUUUAAAGGAAGCUAGAUCAGUUGGGUAUAAAAGAGCAUUUUAUAAUGGUUUGGGUAUUGGUUUUGGUCAAUUGGUCAUUUUAGGUACAUAUGCAUUAGCUUUUUGGUACGGUUCAACUUUAAUUUCUAAAAAGGUAAUAAACUCUGUUGGUGGUAAUCCAUGGACUGGUGGUGAUGUCGUUGCAGUAUUCUUUUCAGUUAUUAUUGGUGCUACAUCUAUUGGUCAAGCUUCACCAUGCUUAGCAAUUUUUGCACAGGGUAGAGGUGCUGCGUUUAAAAUUUUUCAAGUUAUUGACCGUAAAUCUGCAGCUAAUCCAUUUUCAACCGAGGGUAUUAAACCAGAAGUUUUGUCAGGUGAAAUAGAGUUCAAAAAUGUUGGUUUCCAUUAUCCAGCAAGACCAAAUAACCCAAUUUUCAAAAACUUUAAUUUAAAAAUUAAACCAGGUCAAACAAUUGGGCUUGUUGGUGAUAGUGGUGGUGGUAAAUCAACUAUCAUUUCUCUAUUGGAACGUUUCUAUGACCCAUCUGAAGGUGAAAUUCUUUUAGACGGUGAGGACAUCAGAAAUUUUAAUGUUAAGGGUCUUCGUGAAAAAAUAGGAUUGGUAAAUCAGGAGCCAGUUCUAUUCGCAACUACAAUUAGUGAAAACAUUCGUUAUGGUAAAGAAGGUGCCACACAAGAUGAAAUUGAAGAAGCUGCCAAAUUAGCAAAUGCUCAUUCAUUUAUCACCCAGUUACCUCAUGGAUAUAAUACCUUGGUUGGUGAAAAGGGUGUUCAAAUGAGUGGUGGUCAAAGACAGCGUAUUGCAAUUGCUCGUGCCAUUAUCAAGAAUCCAAAUAUUUUGUUAUUGGAUGAAGCCACAUCUGCUUUAGAUGACAUUAAUGAAAGAGUUGUUCAAGAGGCAAUUGAUAUGUUGAUGAGAGGUCGUACUUGUAUCGUAAUCGCCCAUCGUUUAUCAACCAUUAGAAAUGCUGAUGUAAUUAUUUAUAUUAGAGGUGGUCAAGUAGUUGAGACAGGUUCUCACGACGAGUUGAUGGCCUCACAAGGUUUAUAUUAUAAUCUUGUCGAAAAACAAACCCAGCAGCAAAUGUAUAACCUUCUCGAUAUGAAUAGAUCAAGAAGAGCAAGCACGUUCUCAGAUGUUAACCCAUUAUUAGAUAGUUUCCAUGUUUCCAAAAGAUCCAUUAGAAAGCGUGAGCCAGAGUCAUCAAAAAAACAAAAAGAAGAGGAAGAGAAGAAAAAGAAAAAGAAAUCAGAGGAUAUCCCAAUGUCGCGUGUUAUCAACUAUAAUAAAGGAGAAUAUGGUUUGUGGUUCUUUGGUUUCUUAUCAGCUGUUGGAACGGGUGCAGUGUAUCCAGGUUUUACUAUGGUAUUUACUGAAAUGUUAACAAUUUUCCAAAACCCAGAUCCAAACUAUCUCACCGAACAUGCUAAUUUUGUAGCAUUAAUGUUUGUGGCAUUGGCAGUUGGUGCUGGUAUCAGUAAUUUCUUCCAAGGUUUCUUAUUCUCAGUUAUUGGCGAAAAGUUAACAUAUAGAUUGCGUAAAGAUUGUUUCUCAUCGAUUAUGAAACAAGAUAUUGGUUGGUUUGAUUUACAAGAGAAUUCGUGCGGUAAAUUAACAUCACAUUUAGCUUCAGAUGCAGCAUUGGUACAGGGUAUGACAAGUCAACGUUUAGGUAUUGUUUUACAAAAUCUUCUAACAAUGUUGGGUGGUUUAGCAAUUGCAUUUUAUUCGGGUUGGCAACUAACAUUGGUUAUUAUUGCAUGUUUCCCAUUGGUAAUCAUUACAAGUAAAAUUCAAAUGCAAAUUUUGGCAGGUUUUUCAAAGAAUGACGGAUGUGGUCCAGCAGGGCAAGUUGCAAGUGAGGCUAUUUCUGGUAUUAGAACAGUCGCAUCAUUUACAACAGAAAAACAGGUUGUAGAGUUAUAUAAAAAACAAUUAAAAGGUCCAUCUCGUGAAGGUAUUAAAAAAGCUCACAUCAGUGGUUUUGCUUAUGGAUUUACCCAGUUAAUUCUAUUUUGUACAUAUUGUUUAUCAUUCUGGUAUGGUGGUAAAUUAGUUGGAUCAGGUGUUUUCCAUGCUACAAGCACAGAGAUUAGCAAUAAUUGUAAUGAUCAAACUAUUCCACAACUUUGGAAUGACUAUGACGUUUGUGUAAGUGCCAUCAAUACAAUCUAUGGGUUCAAUGCAAUGACUAGGGUAUUUUUUGCAAUCGUAAUGAGUGCUAUUGGUAUUGGUCAAGCCUCAUCCUUUGCACCAGAUUUGGCCAAAGCUAAAGUUGCAGCAAUUUCAGUAUUUAAAUUAAUUGAUACACUAUCAAAGAUCGACCCAAGCUCAGAAGAGGGUGAAAGGAUCAAUAUUGUUGUUGGUGACAUGGAAUUUAAGAAUCUUCACUUUGCAUAUCCAUCACGUCCAGAUAACAAUGUAUUUAGAGGUUUUUCACUUGCAAUCCCAUCAGGAACAACCAAUGCUUUUGUAGGCGAUAGUGGUGGUGGUAAAUCAACAAUUCUAUCAUUAUUAUUGCGUUUUUAUAACCCAGCAGUUGGUGAAAUCUUUAUUGACGGUCAUAAUAUUCGUAAUUUAAAUGUUAAACAUCUAAGAAGCUUAUUUGGAUUGGUUGGCCAAGAACCCACUUUAUUUAGCGGUACAAUUGCAGAUAAUAUUCGUUAUGGAAAACUAGAUGCUACCCAAGAAGAAAUUGAAGAGGCUGCACGUUUAGCAAAUGCACAUACAUUUAUUACUCAAUUCAAAGACGGUUAUAGCACUCAAUUGGGUGACAAGUAUACACAACUUAGUGGUGGUCAAAAACAACGUAUUGCUAUUGCUCGUGCAAUUAUUCGUAACCCAAAGAUUUUAUUAUUAGAUGAAGCAACAUCUGCUUUAGAUGAAGAUAACUCUAAAUUGGUUCAAGAUGCUCUAAAUAAUGUAAUGAAGGGUCGUACUACUUUGGUAAUUGCUCAUCGUUUAUCAACUAUCCAAAAUGCCGAUUGCAUUGCUUAUGUUCGUGCUGGUCAAAUUAUAGAAAAAGGUACACAUGAAGAAUUGGUUGAAAAUGAUGGUGCAUAUGCUCAAUUAAGUUCAAGACAAUUAAAUCACUAAUACUAAAUUUUAUUUUUAUAAAAAAAAAAAUAAAAAAAAAAUAAAAACUAUAAAAAUAUAAAAUUAUAAAACAAUUAAUAAAAUAUUUUGUGUAAUAAAAAAAAGUUUAAAAU